GUCACGCAUGGCCGUACUACCCAGCGCUACCUGACAGUCCCCUGUCAACGGAGUCAAAGUCUGUCGGUCACGCUAGUGUGAUAAUAUGAGUGACAGACUAGGCCGUAGCCAGAAUAAUAAUGUUUAUUUGUUUUGCUGCUUUAAAGUGCUAGAUAGACCGCAAUGACCGCGAAUGAACAUAUUUAGGCUCAGAAAUAGAUUAGUGUCUAGCAGGCGAGCGGCGUCAACACGAAGGCCUUUGUAGCUUGUUUAGCUAGGAGCCUUUCCCGAUGCCCGUGAUUUAACGGGCUUGUCGUUUUUAUGUUAAUCUUCAAAUCAAGAAAUCCCCUGUACCAACAUAACGGCGCCUAAACCACAUUGUCCUCUUGUCGAUAAUGGCUGAAGAUGAUGCGGUGGUCUUGCAACAGAACCUGGACAGGAGCUGCUGGGUAUGCUUUGCAACAGACGAAGAUGACCGCACAGCAGAGUGGGUGCGUCCGUGUCGCUGCCGUGGUUCAACAAAGUGGGUCCACCAGGCCUGCCUCCAGCGCUGGGUGGACGAGAAGCAGCGUGGCAACAGCACAGCUCGCGUAGCCUGCCCGCAGUGUAAUGCAGAAUAUCUCAUCGUCUUUCCCAAGCUUGGUCCCGUGGUCUACGUACUGGACCUGGCCGACCGACUUAUCUCCAAGGCUGGACCCUUUGCUGCCGCUGGCAUCAUGGUGGGCUCCAUCUACUGGACCGCUGUCACGUACGGUGCCGUCACCGUCAUGCAGGUGGUGGGCCACAAGGAGGGUCUAGAUGUGAUGGAGCGGGCCGACCCUCUGUUCCUGCUCAUCGGCCUGCCCACCAUCCCGGUCAUGUUGAUCCUCGGCAAGAUGAUCCGCUGGGAGGAUUACGUCCUGCGCCUGUGGAGGAAGUACUCCAACAAACUGCAGAUCCUCAACAGCAUCUUCCCAGGGAUAGGCUGCCCAGUCCCUCGCAUCCCAGCAGAGGCCAGCCCCUUGGCCGAUCACGUCUCAGCGACCCGGAUCCUCUGCGGUGCGCUGGUCUUCCCCACCAUCGCCACCAUCGUGGGGAAACUCAUGUUCAGCAGCGUCAACUCCAACCUGCAGAGGACAAUCCUGGGAGGAAUCGCCUUUGUGGCCAUCAAGGGGGCGUUUAAAGUGUACUUCAAACAGCAGCAGUACCUGCGGCAAGCACACCGUAAGAUCCUCAACUUCCCUGAACAGGAGGACGCCUGAGGACCAAGCAGAUGGACAUCAAGGGGGUUGGGCGGUGGUGAGGGUGGGAGGAGAUGAACUGUUGGUAAUGAAGACUCAACUAUCAGCUUCACCCUCUCCCUCAAUGACCUUCACACCCCAGCAUCUUCCUGCCAACCACCUUUGCUUUUGACGCGCCAGCCUGGCAAAGAUGGACACACACAAACACACGAAGCAGAGAAUGUGCUCCACAAUCAUAAACACUUCUGUUGUAUUUUAAGGUGACGAAAUGGAAGCCAUGCAAGGUUUUAUAAUCACAAUAAACAUCAGCGGUUGUUUUAUCAUGUUCGUUGGUAAAGUUCCUUUCUGUUGGGAGCCCUUCCAGUGUUUGAGAAGUAUUAAAAAGAUGAAAUAAAAUGUUGCUUUGCAAUAUUUCAAACACAACCAGGUAGAAGAAAAUCAUUUUCUUUGAUUUUCUUUCGUUUUCAGGGCUCGGCAGCCUUCAACUUCUCGAUUGUCGCAAGCUUUUUUGCAAUCACGUCUGAUCAUCUCAAGGAUUUGUCUCGUGAGGGACGUCCACACGCAUGUGCAACGCAAAAGCUAGAAGUUUGACACCUUUCACUUGCUUGGUGGUCGUCACUCAUUACUGUGAAUGUUGGAAUGCGUCACAUCUUCAAGAUGGCUGACUUUUUCCACUCUGUUUCCGCUUAGCCGCCGUGAUCCAACAAUACUAACUCAAGGAACACUUAGGAAUGUGAAAGGGGUCGACUGUAAUAAGUUCAUUUACAAAGUAGGUUUCACUGCUUGAUUUUUACAAUGGUGUGUGUGAGUGGGGUGAUUUCCACAAUAAAAGCUGUACAUUGCUGGUUUCCUUUCAAGGAGAAAAGUCACAAAGUGUAAUGUGACUUUAUUGUGAAGACAUUUGGAAUAUUUAACCUGCAUGUGUAAGCUUGGCAAGCUUUACCUGCAAACUCACUGUAGUCUCACAAGUUGCUUCUCAGUGCAGUCCUUUGAUAUCUGUUAUGUCAAUAAAUGUAUUUUUCCAAAUAUAAAAACUGCUGUCUUUUAAUGUUUACCGAGUAACACAAUAGCGUGUACAUUAUAUGGACGAAAUGUUGAUUUCAGAGGCGAGAGCGGGGUAACCAAACACGCAAACGCACGCAGGCAGAAACUCAAACGUUAUGUUAAAUAUUUAAAAUUCGUCGAGCUGAUGUGAAACAGAACAAACGUCCAACAUGUUGACAACAUUGUGGCAGCUGAACACGGGCUCUGGCUAAUUGACACAAACACCCGCCCAGGCACCGCAGGAGUGACAGUGGGGACGGCCAAUCACACGCUAGAAAAGAAUCAGCUGACCCAAUCGAUUAGCUUGUG